CCGAGUUGUUAAUUUGCGGUUUCCAGAGGUGGCUUAAGCAAACAGUCUGUUCGGAAGUGAUUCUUUUUGGUUAUACAGAUGGUGUAGUUACUGAAGAUGCUGGUGGAGUUACUGAAGCUGCUAGGCCUCGGGGCAGUUGCUAUUGCGUUAGGCCGGGAAGGGUUGGACUGGUUGCUGACUCGGCAUCUAUGGUUCAGAAGAGGUUCCCGUAACCCCCUGAAAGAGGUCCUGUUCUUUCCUUCACCGCCAGCAUGUUUGGAGCACUUGUACAAUACAGGCAGGGAUCGACCAUGUGUGUGUCCUCUCCCUCAUGGCCUGGACACGCCCUUUUCCAGACUACUGAAGCACCUUCUCUCAGCACGUGUGUCGCUUGACCUUUGUAUGUUCUCAUUCUCCAACACUGAGCUGAGCCGGGCCGUGCUGCUGUUACACCGCCAGGGUGUGCGGGUGCAAGUGCUUACGGAUAGAGACUACAUGUCUAUUAACGGCUCUCAGAUUGGCAUCCUCCGCAAGGCGGGUAUUUGUGUGAGACACGAAAUGAUCAUCACUACGCACAUGCAUCAUAAGUUUGCCUUGUUGGACGGCAGGAAGCUGAUCACUGGCUCCCUCAACUGGACCAUGACCGCAGUGCAGAGCAACAAGGAGAACGUGAUAGUGACCGAGGAACCGGAGCUCGUUCAACCCUACAUGGACGAGUUCAACAAGCUGUGGGAGGCUAACGACCCAGCUAAACUUCCACCGCAAACACACAAUGAGAAUAACACCAUGUGACUGAACACUCCCACCAAAGACAAGUUGAUUGAAUUUAGAUAUAUUUUGAAAUGUUGAAUUACUUUUGUUUUAUAUGUAAGAAUUAGUUUGCAAUCUUACUGGCUUUGUAUUUUUUUUUAAUUGCAUAUAUAGUUUUACAGAAUUUGUUUUAUUUUAAUGUUUUUUGAGAAUAAAUUUAAUUUGUUCGUAUUAGAUCAUAUGAAUAUUUCAGUGGAGAAGAUGGGAUUGUUGUGUUUCCCAGUCAGCUCUCUCAUUGUUCAACCCAGCUAUUCAGUCAUGAAACUGGACCUCAAAUUAGUUAAAGUUGUUCAGUAGAAUUAUAUGCCACCAAUAAUUUUUUUAAGACACCCCAAGAGUGAGGUAUUUGUGGGAUGUGUUCCAAACUGAGUAUCAGUUCAUUUUAACGAUGGCAUUUGUAAUGCUUAAAAGUGGCCUGUAAUAAUCAACUGAUUUCAAAGAUA